AAAAACCAGGAAGCCUGGGAAAAGCAGAAAAUCAAUAAUCGAGAGAUAUUUCUGCUUUCCAUUGGCCACAGAGGAAGAAGAGGAUAGCGGAGUUGUAUUGGAAAUGGAGACCCUCUCGAGGGUGGGCUGCUUAACCAACUGUACGCACUUCCCAUUCCCAACUUCAUCUCCAAUUUGUCCUCCUCAGUCCCAUUCUACCAGACUUCCAUCUCUCUCUGUCCUUAGAACUCCUCGUCCAGUGGGUGAACUUGCAGGGGAGGAUGUUUUGCGAAUGUUCUUUAAGGAGAGAGAAUUGAAUGGGGAUUUUAUUUCAAAAGCUUCUGAUAUGCUUUGGCAGAGGGAGGUCAUGAAAUUUGUUGAUGCAGAAGCUGGCACACCACCUGACACUCCUCAACAACCAGAGGGGGUCAAGGAAACUGAAUAUGAAGGUGGAUUUUUGAAACUGACAAGAACGCAGGAAUGGGUAUUAGGUGACAACUCUGCACCAAUCAACAAGAAAGCCAUUGCUAAGGUACUUCAGGAUGACAGUGAAAGGAGGAAGAGACUGAACCUUCUCAAAUAUGAAGCUCUUAAGAGGGAAAUAUUGCUGUUAUCUGUUGGCAUUGGAACUGCAUGUAGUGGGUAUUGUUUGAUAGUUCUGUCAGCCCAGGCAGCUAUUAGUUAUGCAGCAGGAGUUCUUUUCAGUUGCUUGUACCUCCAGCUUUUGUAUCAACAUGCGGACAAUCUAUCCAAGGAAGCUGUUCCUCAGAUUUUCAUGAAAAAGAAGUCAAAGAAAAUUGGAAUAAGAAGCCAGGACCUGGAGGAUCUGUUAGAGAAAACCAUCAAGGGUAGUGGUAUUGCCCUUUCAUCUCCAAGGCUAGUGAUCCCUGCAGCUAUAUAUGGGUUGUGGAUCUUGUCUCAGCAUUUUGCUGGUGAUUUCUUUGAUUUUCAGCUGGUGCCAGCCAUGUUUGGGAUGUUUGCAUAUAAAGCUGCUGCUCUGGUUCAAGUUUAUAGGGACAAUGAAGAUCUACAAUUUGUCUUCCCAGACAAUGAAGAAGGCUCAAUUGACUAAGAAAUCCAGUUUAGAUAUCUUGGAGGAGUGCAUUGAUGCCCAUUCUUCUUAGUAUUCCAAAGGCAGCUGGGCACUCAGAAGCUUGCUUGAAAGGCUACAAAUUGGGCUACUUUGAGCAUCCAAAGUAGUGGGUGGAUUCUGAGGAAACAACAGAUUUUUAGUAAAAAUUUUGUAAAUGUAAAUGGUAAAAGAUUUAUGUUGAGUAUAUAAAAAACCUUUCACCUGCUGGUGGAAUGAUACAGAAUUCAUGGGUCAGUCACACGGUCAAUGCAAGUAGGUGUAUUUCAAUUUAA